AAUACUUUUGUGGAAGAACCCACAUAUAUGGCCUUGAUGAUCUCCAAAUGUCUCCAAGAAGAAAGGAAUAUCCUUAAAGCUGCAGAGGCCACAGAUCAGAUGCAAAUAGACAGCGUACAAAAUUCUGCGAUGCUGAGCAAAGUGAAAGAGUUGGACGCUAAAGUCACAAAUGUGAAGAACCGUGUCAUAGAAAUAGAGCAAAUGAUAAAAAAUCUCGAGGAUGUUCAAGAUGAAUAUGAUUUCAAAUUUAAAACCUUUCAAGUCAGAGAAUGUGAAUCCCACAACAUGACCCAGGAUGACUAUAAAAAGGAAAAAGUACAGCUCCACACCAUGUAUUUGCAGCUUCACAAUAAGAGACAGGAUGUGCUACACUUGAUAUCUUCUUCGUUGCCUGUGAUUGAAAAUACCCAAAAUGCUCUGAUAACAGAAGAGCUGGUUGAAUGGAAGCAUCGACAACAGAUGGCUUGCAUUGGCGGCCCACCCAACGCUUGUCUAGAUCAGCUUCAAAACUGGUUUACCUCAGUGGCUGAGAGUCUUCAGCAGAUUCUUCAACAGCUUAAAAAACUGGAGGAGCUGGAGCAGAAAUUCACCUAUGACACCGAUCCCAUUACCCAACAGAAGAAAGGGCUUAUUGAGAGGACAUGGAGUCUCUUCAAGCAACUCAUUCAAAGCUCCUUUGUUGUAGAAAGACAGCCUUGCAUGCCUACCCAUCCUCAGAGGCCGUUGGUUCUGAAGACUGGAGUACAAUUUACAGUAAAGUUGAGAGACGUCAGUGAGAAAGUCACAGUGAAAGGAUUUAGAAAAUUCAACAUCUUGGGAACAAAUACCAAAGUAUUGAACAUGGAAGAGUCAAAUGGGAGCCUAUCAGCAGAAUUUAGACACCUGCAAUUAAAAGAGCAGAAGAAUGUUUCAAGAUCUAAUGAGGGCCCUCUCAUUGUAACCGAAGAACUCCAUUCGCUCUGUUUUGAGACAAAAUGGGAACAGAACACAGUUGUAAUUGAAUUGGAAACCCAUUCCCUUCCAAUUGUUGUGAUCUCAAAUGUCAGUCAAUUACCAAGUGGAUGGGCUUCCAUUUUAUGGUACAAUAUGCUGAUGAAUGAACCAAAGAAUUUGUCCUUCUUCCUCAAUCCACCAUGUGCAAGAUGGUCACAGCUUUCUGAAGUGCUGAGCUGGCAGUUUUCCUCUGUCACAAAAAGGGGACUCAGUACAGAUCAGCUGGAAAUGAUCGGGGAGAAGUUGCUUC